AAGGCAUGUUACACAGUUCUGAUGAUGAAGGAGUGCACCAUUCCAUAAAUCUGGGAUUUAACAGUGCCUCAGAGAGAAGGGGACACUCGUCAUGGUGUACUGCUUGUGGCAAAACCUUUUUUUAACUCACCAUGUGACUGUGCCAUAUUAGUUUUGGACUUGGCCUGACACUGUGCAACUCCUCCUGCCCCCCCACCUCCCGAUUGUCUGAUAGUUUACGUGCCUGGGACCACAAUCACAAGGACAGGCGAAGGGUUAUCCAUGUGCAAUGCUGCUUCCGGUCUGGAUUUACUGAUGUUAAACUGGAUAUCACAAAUGACCUUCUAAAAUAAACUGUUGCUGUUGUGGUUGAACAGUUCAUUAUGAAUUGCCAGACUAUAGAGAAUUCUAUUGAGAAACAGUGGUUUUCUUCUGAGGAGUUGGAAUGCAAAAUCUGUUACAACCCUUACAAUUUGAAGAACAGGAGACCCAAGUUGUUGGAAUGCUUUCACAGGGUGUGUGCCAGAUGCCUGCACAAAAUUGUAGACCUUGGAGACUCCUCACAAAGUAUAAUUAGCUGUCCCUUCUGCAGGUAUGAGACCAGUGUAUUAGUCGAUGAAGUUGGUGGACUCCCAGAUGAUAAUAAUAUUCUUGCUGUCCUUGUAUGCAAGGAGAAGAAUAGAAAGUUUGCCAUGGAUAGCCCAUCUGAGCUUCUGCUGACUCCAAAAAGGUUAUCUUCCUUUGGAAGCCCUUCCCGAUCCUCAAACUGUCUGGUUAUAACCAUCAUGGAGGUUCAAAGGGAAUCCCCACAAUCUCAGAGCUCAGCAUCAGUGACGGAAUUCUACGACUCCAAUUUUGGUUCAAUAGCCUCAAUGUCUCAGCAGUGGGCAAUUUGGAAUUGCACUCCCCUUCUUUGUCGUGCAAUAGGCAGGAUUCUAGUCUGGCUAUUGGGACUGCUGUACUUCAGCUCUUUACCCCUUGGUGUAUAUCUGCUUGUGAUUCAAAAGGUUACACUAGGGAUCAUAUUUGUCAGUCUUGUUCCCUCCAGUCUUGUUAUGCUUAUGGUCUAUGGUUUCUGUCAGUGCUUAUGUCAUGAGUUUUUAGAUUGCAUAUCUUCAUGAAAGCAAAAUCUAAAAGUAUGUAAGAGUUACACUCGCACUGACAGGUUGUAGGAAGUUUUGUGUCUUAUAUUAACUCUGGCUUGUGAACUGUGUAAUUUGGCAAUUGUGCUUUGGCUGGAAGGUCUGUUCUGCAGUAGAAAGUUGUUAUAAACAGUGAUAGUUGUUUUACUUGGUGUGUAAUAUAUUCUACGGCUCAUUACCUUUUUCAAAAGUGAGAUGUUUACGAACUGAAAAGCACAAAGGGAAGUAAAGGCACACGUUAAUAUGUUGACGUUUGCUCGUACAGAACUUGAUAUUGCUGAGAAAAGAGAUUUUGUCAAAGGUUUUCAUCUUACACACAUCAGGACAACUCAUGAUAAAUACCAAUGUAAAACAAAAUGGCAUUUUAACUGAGAUAGGAGAGUACUGAUUGGUUGUCAUUUGGACUCUGAUUGACAGAGGAAUUGUUUUGUAGAAUGCACCAGUUAAUGAUGACCUGACAAUUAACUGCCAUGGUUUCUUUAAAUUUUAAACGAAGGCAGGUUGACUCUGAUUGAUUAGUUAAGGCAUUGCCCAGAGGAAUGAACCUUAAUAUGUCUGUCAACUUUUUUAUGUGUUGUAACAGGUGUAGUGUCUGCAGGUAUUUUUUCUAUCUGUUAAGAACAGAGCCCCGUGUAUUAAUAUAUGUAGCUUUCAGUACAUGCAGGUGCACCACAUUGCAAACCAGACUGAUAAUCCUAAAUUAAUUGUCAGCAUAAUUCUUUGCACUCUCAGGGUUAUUAAGAAACUGUUUCCCAAUUACAUUUAAUAUUGGACACUGUUAGUUUUGCAAACACUGACUGGUUUCAGUGCCACAGUGAUGCUAAAGUAGGCUAAGUAUCCCAAAAACUGGCAAAUGGUAUCAAACAGCAUAUCGUUUGAACUGUUGAUAACAAGCAAUGUACUGACUGUACCCAAUCAAACCAUGCAUGCAUGUGGAAUAUAGACCUUUAAAAUUUACAGAGUCUUAUUAUAGGUGCACUAAUCCUUUGCUGUAUUAUAAUCAAAAUAUUUGUGUAUAGUUUAAACAUUUUUGCAAUUGAAUUAUACAUUUUCCAGGAUUCAUUUGUUUGAAAAAUAAUCUGUUAAACAAAGUUUCAUGAAUGCACUAAUCUGGCAUCUUAAUAAAAGUGGAAAAUGCUUUUAUGUGAAGCCAGCCACCAAUACUACAUGGCCUGCAGAAACAGACAGAGGAGAGAGGAGUGUUUG